AUUAAAGAAGAAGAGAAUAUUUGGUGACGUCAAUUGCUCUGCGACAAAAAAACACCUUGCAAGUAGCAUGUGUCAGCCGGUCAGGAUACUGAAACGAUAAUGCGGGGUUCACUAGCGACUAUAUGACCAUGUGACAACCAGGCGCGUCUUGGCGGUGUUGUGAAGCAGUGCAUGCCCCUGGGUCAGCAGGUGCAGGAGGCCAGGAAGGUCUGAGCUCUGUUGUCGGUGGCUAUCGGUGUCCGGGAUGGAGACCUGGACCCCCAAUCCCAGAGCUAAGCCGUUCAUCCCUCGCCAACAGCGAAGCCUGUACCUCACCUGGAAAUACAAACUAACCAACAAGAGGUCGAUUCGUCGGUUCUGUCAGGCUGGGGCUAUGCUGUUUCUGUUGAUAACUGUGAUAGUCAACAUUAAACUAAUCUUGGACACAAGAAGAGUAGCUGACGAAGAUGCAGCAGCUCAAGAAUAUGAGGACCCAAUACUCAACAUGGAAACCCCACGCAGGCCGGCCAAUGGACGCAAAGUAUUGGACAUCGAGGUGUACUCGAGCCGCUCUAAGGUCUACGUGGCGGUGGACGGCACCACAGUGUUGGAGGAUGAUAUGCGGGAGCAGGGCAGAGGCAUCCAUGUGAUAGUUCUCAACCAAGCAACUGGUCAUGUGAUGGCAAAGAGGAUAUUCGACACCUAUUCUCCCCACGAGGACGAUGCCAUGAUCCUCUUCCUCAACAUGGUGACCCGGGGCAGAGUCCUUAUCUUCACCAUAAAGGAUGAAGGCACCUUCCACCUGAAAGAUGCUGCCAAGAACCUUUUGAAGAGUUUCGGCAGCCAGGUGUCCCUCAACCUCAACUGGAGGGACAUGUGGACUCUGGUGGUGAAAAAAGGAGGCCAGGUGUAUGGAGAAAAGCACACAAAGUCUCCCGCUCUGUCAACCUGGGGAGACCCGGUGCUUCUAAAGACUGAGGUGCAGCUCACCGCUUCUGAAGAGGCGGAGUGCCACUGGCCAGACAACGAGCUCAACAGGAGGAGGAAGCUCUUUUGCAGCAAAGUGGAAGGAUACGGGAGCAUCUGCAGCUGCAAAGACCCGGCGACCAUCGAGUUCAACCCCGACCCUCUACCCAACAACAAUGUCUUGAAUGUCCCUGUGGCUGUGAUAGCAGGGAACAGACCAAACUAUCUUUACAGGAUGCUGAGGUCUCUUCUUUCAGCUCAUGGCGUCAACCCUCAGAUGAUCACUGUCUUCAUCGAUGGAUAUUAUGAGGAGCCGAUGGAUGUCGUAGAGCUUUUUGGACUGAAGGGAGUUCAGCACACACCCAUCAGCAUAAAGAAUGCCAGAGUGUCCCAACACUAUAAGGCGAGUCUAACUGCAACCUUUAACCUUCACCCAGAGGCCAACUUUGCCAUCGUCAUAGAAGAAGACUUGGAUAUCUCCAUCGACUUCUUUGGGUUCCUGAGUCAGACCCUGCACCUGUUGGAGGAGGACGACAGCUUGUACUGUAUUUCAGCCUGGAACGACCAGGGCUAUGAGCACACUGCAGAAGACCCGGCCCUGCUGUACAGAGUGGAGAGUAUGCCCGGUCUGGGCUGGGUGCUGAAGAAGAGCCUCUACAAGGACGAACUGGAGCCAAAGUGGCCGACGCCUGAGAAGCUGUGGGACUGGGACAUGUGGAUGCGAAUGCCCGAGCAGAGGAAAGGCAGAGAGUGCGUCAUCCCCGACGUGUCCCGCUCGUACCAUUUUGGCAUCAUCGGCCUUAACAUGAACGGCUAUUUUCAUGAGGUAUAUUUCAAGAAACAUAGGUUCAACACAGUUCCCAAUGUGCAGCUGACAAAUGUUGACAGUUUAAAGCAGGAUGCUUAUGAAGUGGAAAUCCAAAACCUGUUGAAGGAAGCGGAGGUACUGGACCACACAAAGAACCCGUGUGAGGACUCGUUCCUGCCGGACACGGAAGGAAAGACCUACGUCAUGUUCAUUAAGAUGGAGACGGAGAUGGACACUUCCACCUGGACAGAGCUCGCCAAGUGCCUCCAUGUUUGGGACCUUGAUGUUCGGGGAUACCACCGAGGCCUGUGGCGGCUUUUCAGAAAAAGGAAUCACGUCCUGGUGGUGGCCGCGCCAAUCUCUCCAUACUCCGUGAAAAAACCAGCCAGUGUUACUCCCAUUCACUUAGAGCCUCUGCCCAAAGAAGAGGGAGCCCCGGUGGAGCAGAUGUAGACCUGAUGUUACACACACACACACACACACACACACACACACACACUUCAACCAGGCCUUCACUCUUCUUCACCAACAACCACUUCAUAUCAUAAGGACAGCGUAAGCAGCGUUUGGACUUUCCCUUGAUUUGAACUUGUGGACAAGAGGAUACCUGUGAAAUGAAGUCCCGAUCAACACUACAAAAUGUGCUACUUUAUCCGUCCAACAGCUUGACACGGAGCAAUGAUGAACUAGUUUUGGUUAAACGUGAGUGACUGACUGAAACUUUAUGACUGUCAACGGCUGUGUUUUUUUUGUUUUUUUCUACCACAACUGUGGGCUGAUCUGCGAUCUCAAAAAUUUCAAUUCCACUUAACAAGAACUGCACCGAGGACAUAGACACACUGACGCUGCAAGAUGGAUCGUUUUUCUCAGUUAUUUGUGGUAACUACUGAGAGCUUUGUUCAUUUUUUAAAAAGUGUUUUAACUUAUCUCUAUUUAUUUUACAUGUAUCAAUCAAAACAGGCAUUCAAUGGUUUUAUGGCUUUUACGUUUUCUUUUAUUAGAACAAAAUUCCUCAAGAUCAGUGCAUUUUUAACAGAUGUUUACAGAUAAUAAAAUAAUGUACAUAUAAACCUAUAUUUUUUUUUGAUAAAUGUAAAGGGUCAGAAUAUUUUCCAGUGUUCAUACGAGUUCAUAAAAGCCCUGUGGGUUUUUGCUAUUACUCGAAAUUGGCUGAAAGAAGAUAUUUAGCAACACACUCGAAUUUGAAACACACCAUGCUGACUUGAUUGUACCAUGCUUUUGUCUAAAGGCAUUUUUUAUAUUUGAUCAAAUCCGAUGAUUCACUAAUUUGAUAACUUUUUUUGUUUUUUUUAACAAUUUUUACCGCACACUUUCUUCUUAUUGUUUAUUUUAUUUUGUAUGAGAGGAAUUGAUUAUGCAGUUCUUCGCAUAUUUAAACCGUUUUCCCAAAUGUUAAUAAUCUUGUUUUCCCAAGACGAGAGAUCUGAAUCUCGUCAUUAUGAGAUACAAAGUCUCAGUUAAAAUCUAUACCUUAUUUUUCUUUGGGCUUUUCAUUAUGUUUGGUACAUUUGAGAUCAAACGACAAAAUAAGCUAUACGUUACCUUUACACCACUGCAGUGAAACAAAUGGAGUCAGAAAGGCGAUUAAAAUCAAAACACUGAGGCGUUUCUUAACACCUAAAUGUUUAAAAACACAAAUGUAGCUGUACGUUUUAAGUCAGCAUAUUUAUGGCAUCUUGAGCUGGUGUAAAACAAGUGCCUAAAAUAUCUAUUGGUGGUUGUAUGCUAUGAUAGCUGGAAGUUUGUCCCCAAACUGUUUGAUCCUACUUUCAAAUAUUCGGUCAACAGUUUUCUUGGAUUUCUAGCUGUUUACACUAUGAAACACUUGUUGACGCCCUUAAUGGCAUUGGUGUGUAAUUGGAAUUUGGUGGUUUCAUAAAAUAUGAUAUGUUCCCAACCAUUUCAAAUGAAAGGUGAGUCAUUUUAUUCAACAGGAUCUUCAUCCACCUUCUUCACUUUGACUUUGAAGAGGUUUGAAUCUCGCAUAACGCCGUACCGACUAAAUGAAUGAAUGAAUGUGUGAGACAUGUUUCAAUACUUCCAUCAUUAUUUGCAGUGGUUGAAUUUUAUUGUGAGUAAUUGUGUGCUAACAAAUUCCAUAUUUUCUAUCAGGAAAUCCUGUCAGACAGAACCACUUAUUCAGCAGUAAUACGGCCCGCCUCACUUUUGGUUUUAAGAAGUAAAAGUAAGAUUGUUUGAUUCCUAAUUCAAUGCUGCCUUUUUAUUAACCUGUAUUAUAUAUUAUAUUGGCAGUUUGUGCAAACAAAAUCAUUUUCUCCCCAUCUGCCGUUUUCUGUGUUUUGCUGUGAGAUAAUUUGGAAAAUAGUGAUUGUUUCUCUUUGAGGUCAUACCCAACUGUAUGUUUUAAUAAUUCAUACAGGAGGAAUUUCCAUUGGUGCAUAUUAUUGUUGGCAUAAACUCGGUGCUAUUGUUAUUCUUGGCUGUGGUUUUUGUACAUGUGUGGGCUCUUGCUGCCUGCAGAUUUCCCCAGAGGCUGCCUCCAGGCAGCAACGGGGCGAGAGGACCCAUGCGGCAAGGGAAAUGUAUGCAAAUCCUGUGGGCUCAUUGGAUUUCUGCAGCCAUUGCGGUCCACCAAGGACGAAUAUGGCUUUCUGUCCUUUUGAGGUCUGACUUUUAUCACCUGUGAUCAAAUAAAGCAGGAAACAUAUGGCUCUAAUCAAGGGCUGCUGCACAUAAAGUCCUAUUUUUGGAAUGCACCUUUGCCUGUAAAAUCUUUAAUCUUUUAAGACCUGAUGCUUGAGUUUUCUAUUUUGAAGAGGGUUUCUUUCCCACCUUGAAAGCAGCAUUUUGUUUUAAUUCUUUGAAAGUCAGCUUGAAACUUGAUUUUAGUACCGUGUCAGUUACCAUGUUGACAAAUACUAGUGUCAAAUUCAUGGUAUCAUUUGGUAAUUGCUGGCAGAGUUGUGCAAGUUAUACUGUAUGUCAUUGUAGUGUAAAGUGUAUUUUUAUAUCCUCUUCCCUUUCCUCUUUGACAAAUACUUAAAAAGUUAAAAGUC